CUAGAGGGGGCAUUUGAGAUUUGACAUUCUAAAUUACCCUAUAAUUUGGAUGAAUACAAUAGACAUGUUUGAUUUGAUUCUUGUUUGAUUCUCUCAUUUCAUUUAUCCUUACUAAUCUGAUAUUUAAACACUGAAGAGUGAACUUGAGUUAGGUUUAGCAUAUUGUGCUUGUAAAGUAUUUUAUGUAAUUUCCCAUCCACGAGGAUUCCCAAUCAAGUAAAAUGGUUGUAGUUUCGUCGAAUUUCUCGGCACCGGUUGAAGGCAUACUCCUGGAGACUCCAUCAACAAAGCUGUUGGUGAAUGACCAGGAAUUGGGCACAGCCACAUUAUACAUAACAGAAAACAAUGUGGUGUGGGGUGGUGGCGUACGGCCUACUGGUGGCCUGGCACCAACAAUAAGCCUCCUGUACCCCAGUAUUUCACUGCAUGCUGUACAAAGAGACCCUUCACCAGCACUGUACAUGGUGCUCAACUACGAACUAAGGUUACCUGAGCUCACGGGCCAAUCUGGGGGCGGAGACAGCAACUCACAAGACGAUGACGACUUUGAUGCUGAAGAUCAGCCUAUCACACAAUUGAGGUUUGUGCCUCAGUCUGAAUCAGAGCUGCAAGCGAUGUACUCGGCCAUGUCACAGGGACAAUCCCUUCACCCUGACCCAGCUGAUGAGGUUGAUGAUGAGGACAACUACCUUGACGGUGAAGAGUUCGAUGAUGGCGAGGAGGAAUUCGAGGACGCGGAAGAGAGUGGAGGCGACGAUGCGGCCGCCAGGCUGAGGCAGCUGCGGCUCGACCACAACGGGGCGCAACACUAUCACGAUGCUGAAGACGAGGAGAUUGGGGAAGAGUGAUAUGACGUGAACAGCAACCUUAUCCCGGUCGGCAUGAUGAUGGGUGGCCACGCUUAUAUUUAGUCAACCGUGUGUCUGUUACGAGUGGAUUCAGAAAUGAGUGAUGCAUACUUAUUUUUAUUUCAAAGGUUAUGUUACUUUAAACAAAGUAUAACUAACGGGU